AUGAUUAUAAUUACCUGCCGGAUGUGUUGCCUCCUCUUCCUGAGGUUCCGGACUCUGGCUCGGUCCUGAGCCCCGUUGACUUCCCGGCCCGCUGCCUCCGCAACCCAGCCUUCCUCCACACCUCCUCGCGCUACUGCUCCGCCCUCAGCAUGGACUCGUCUCCUGACAGCGCAGAGAGACCCGUCAGCUACAGCUCCACGUCUUCCUCCGCUUCCUCCCGAGACAGUCACUGCUCACUGGGCAGCCGCUCAACCCUCGUCUCUGCCCCUCACUGUAACCCAGUAACCUCAGACCGGGACUCCGGGGCGAUUCGGCUGGAACUGGUCCCCGCCCGGCAACUGGGAUGCCGGGAAGAAGAUCACAGGAAUGACACAGGGGUGGACGCUGGGAAGGGACAAGGGAGACAAGGCAGUGCACAGACACCGACAGAACAUUCAGAGCCAGUACUGGGCACAGAUGGAGGAGAGAGGACAGGGCAGGUGCAGGGACCCAAGACAUAUGUGGACAGGGUGGUGCAGGAAAUACUGGACACAGAGAGAACCUAUGUCCAAGACUUGCGCAGCAUUGUUGAGGAUUACUUGGAGUGCAUCAGUAACCAGUCUCGUCUGGCGUUGAGCUCUGAGGAUAAAGGCUCUCUGUUCGGAAACAUCGAUGACAUUUACCACUUUAACAGGGACCUUCUUCAUGAUCUGGAGAAGUGCAACGCUGACCCUGUGGCCAUCGCAGAGUGCUUCGUAUCAAAGAGUGAAGAAUUCCACAUUUAUACCCAGUACUGCACCAACUACCCACGGUCGGUGGCUGUGCUAACAGAAUGCAUGAGGAACAAGGCGUUGGCCAAGUUUUUCCGCGAGCGCCAGGAAUCUCUGCGGCACUCCUUGCCCCUGGGCUCCUACCUGCUCAAGCCAGUGCAGAGGAUCCUUAAGUACCACCUACUGCUACACGAGAUAGCCAACCACAUGGAGAAGGACACAGAGAUGUAUGAGGUUGUGCAGGAAGCCAUAGAAACCAUGCAGAGAGUGGCUUGGCAUAUCAACGACAUGAAGAGGAAACAUGAACACGCCGUUAGGUUGCAGGAAAUCCAGAGCUUGCUGACCAACUGGAAGGGCCCUGAUCUUAUUGGCUACGGAGAGUUGGUUCUUGAAGGAACGUUUCGUCUGCAGCGGGCCAAAAACGAGAGAACUCUGUUCCUGUUUGACAAGCUUCUGCUCAUUACGAAGAAACGAGAAGAAGCCUAUACAUACAAGGCCCACAUACUGUGCUGUAACCUGAUGCUGGUGGAAGUUAUUCCUAAAGAACCACUGAGUUUCAGUGUGUUUCACUACAAAAACCCCAAACUUCAGCACACGGUCCAGGCCAAAUCCCAGCAAGACAAGCGCAUGUGGAUCUUACAUCUAAAGAGACUCAUACUUGAAAACCAUCCUGCUAAAAUCCCAGCCAAGGCUAAACAGGCUAUUUUGGAGAUGGAUGCAAUGCAUCAUCCCGGGUUUCAUUACAGCCCUGAUGGGGACAAGAAGGAUGCUUCUCAGACAAAGGAGGGUCCGACCCCUCGCAGAGGACGCAGAAAAGAACCUCUAUCUAAACUGUUGAAAAAUGCCAAGCAAAACGCUGCCAACACUGAUGGCGAGAAGACAAGUCUUGGAGCGACCCUUCUGUCACCGGUGUCCCAGCUGGCUUUAGGCACAAUCGGUCGCAGUCGCAGCCUCAUCAACCAGUCACAAGAAUCCCUCGACCCCGGGGAUCACUAUGACCACAGUGACAGGGAGGAGGAGCUGCAUCUGCAAGAUGCUGAUGAUGAAGAUGAUAGUGGCCUGGGAGGAAGAAAACGGUUGCGAGUCCCCGGAAAAAGCAGCAGGAAGAGGCUUAACCCUCAGGCGUCUGUUGAUAGUAUAGAACAGUGGAAAAGCUUCAACAUGAGCCCUUCAGACAUACAGAGAGCCAGAGAAUCCCUCGUAAGAGAAGGAAGUCACCACCCGCCACUUCUCAGGACACCUAAUGUCACCGAGGAACCUCCGGAGUCCCCCAUUCCCUCUGUGAUUGUGACAGAAAGUGACAAUUCUGUAAGGAACAUCUGGGCAGACCACCGUGCUCGCAGGGCCAUGUUCCCCACCCGCCAGCGAACCAUGCAACCUGAUGACGAGGAUGAAGACAUCUACCAGAUGUUUGUCCCCACCGAGCCGAGUGCGCCAGAGCCAGAGGUGACAGCGGAGAGGUCGGAGGUCACCUCUUCCCCCAAGACUGCUCGACCCUGUAGCUGGCACAUCGAACAGGUUCCAACUGUGCAGGUUGACCCACCACCCAAUGGCUGCAGAGUCCUGCGGAGGGCAAGCAGUGCAGGGGAGAAGGCUACAGAAGCUGGACAGACACCUGACGACGACCAGCCCGGGCACAGCAACUUGGAAGUGAUCCACACUGAAUCAUCAAGCAAUGACUUAUCAGGAUCAUCCUCAGCUGAGCAGCUGACGCUAGAUGAUAUUGAAAAUGUGUAUGACAACAUCAGCUACGAGGACCUUAAGAGCAUGGGCCUUGUCAGAAGAGACCCUGAGGAAAGCCAGCCGGGGAAAGAAACUUCUGUAGAUGUACAGGGUUUCCAGGGGAAGUCAGCAGGUGUGCUAAAAGAGCCUGAGGUUCCAGUGGUCACGAAGCCUAUGAUUGAGCCUGAGAGUUCGUUAGAUAGCAACCGGUCUUCGACACAAGAUGGAAGGCCAUUUGAGCUCAAGAUAGUAGAGGAGAGUAUCUACGAUACCAUCUGUUUCAGGGAGCCCCCAUCAACGGAGGUCAAGAGUGAGGGCAACAAGCUAAAACAAGAGAGAGACAGUCUGAUGGCAUCUGAACAAGACCUGACUGGAAGCCUUGGAGCUUUUUUGUCCGAGGAGAGCCUCCACUUCGGAGAGGAUGACGGACAUGACACCUCCCACCCUGUCACAUGUUCCUCUGAGCCGGACUAUUCCUCCUCCUCCGCCUCUGAGACUUUCUCCCACCACACGCAGAAAGGAGAUAAGAUGUCAGAACACGUCGAUGAGAUCUGGAACGAUCUGGAAAACUACAUCAAGAACAACGAGAAGAAGGCUGACAAACUGCCUGCUGCCUUCCCUGUCAACGCCAAUGAGUCGCCCAAGAAGGCUUCUUCAGUCAAAAACAGUCCUACCAAGACCCCGCUUGUAAAUAGUCCUCAACCAGCCAACCCUCCAACCAAGAGUCCCCCAGCACAUCAGCCUAAACCUCCCCCUGUCACCUCUACGCAAUCUUUCACUAUCCCAGUCAUCCACCUCCCUGACCUUCAAAGUGAACCCACUGCAGCAGAAGAAAACCAUAGCCCUCCUCCUGCCUCACGCCCCCUCCCUGUCGCCCCUGAGCCCCUCCCAGGCACAGUGAAGAACAUCAGAAAAAGACUGGCCCGCCUGAGCAGUGGCAGCUUCCGCCUAGAGGACGACGACCUGGUGGAGCUUCCGACACGGAAGGACCUUCAUGGCUUAUUUCCAGGGGAGUUAGCAGGUCUAGACUCCCCCCUGAGCAACUCUUCUCUCCUGCUGGGCGAGUCUCUGGACUUGUCCUUGGAACUGAUGGACAAAUCAAAGAGCCGGGUGUUCCUCAUGGCCCGUCAGUACAGCCAGAAGAUUAAGAAAGCCAACCAGCUGCUGCGCAUGAGGAGCAUGGACCCUGGGGACUCGUCUACCCGGGCACGGAAUGAGAAGAAGCAGAAAGACCUGGCAGCCAUCUUGGAAGAGAAGAAACAAGGGGGCGCUGCUAUAGGUGCCAGGAUAGCUGAGUACUCCCAGCUCUAUGACCAGGUCAUGUUUAAAGACCCUCCUGGUACAGCUGGUCAGGCGUCUGUUUCCCCACAUCACACCCAUCCAGGGCUGCCUUAUUCUCCGUCCAUGCCUGAGACCUCUCUGGAGGAGGACUGGCUCCACUCCACUUACAGCAACGGGGAGCUGGCCAGCUUCAUCUCCUCGUCCAGUGAAGGGGAGGAUGCUCGGGUGUCUUCUACCCCGAAUCGCAGACUUACCUCCUCCUCCUCCAUCCCGUCUCUAAAGACCUUACCCCCCUCUCCAACCACCCCACCUACCCAGAGAUGGAGCUCGUGCAUAUCAGCACCAAGCGAAAAAGAAGAGCAUGUGUACAGUACCAUAAAGAGACAUCCUUCGUUUAACGCUCCGUCUUUGCCGUCCACAAAGUCUUCCCCGUCCGGUCACAGUCAGUCAGUCAGCUCUUUGGGAAACCAACAGCAGGAGAAGAACCAAUCCGGACUCAAAUGUAACGGACCCACCGUGGAUCGAUCCGCUGACAGACUCCGUGGCCCAAGUCUGGGCCGCGCUGGUCGGCAGAGUAGCCUCCCAGAGCGCUCCACCAAAGGACUCUCAGAACUCACUUUACACGACGGUCAACAGGUGGUGGUCCUGAACCGAGCCUCUGCACUGAGCAUACUCAACGCCACCCAGAACUACCUGGCUAAUUUUAAGGACAACGGGGAAGACGACGAUGACUAUGUAGAGAUCCGCUCAGAGGACGAGGGCGAGCAGCAGCAGGAAAGGCUGGCACAGCGAGACGGGAGCUCUGCGGUCCUUUCCAAUCAGAACCGGAGUCUUGCCCACUCCCAGAGUCUGCCCUGCACGCCUGUGCGCUCCUGUGACCCGCUUAGUUCUCUAGACCGGGAGCAGCUGGAGAAGUACCUCUGGAGCGAGCCGCAGCACAGCCAACCUAAAAUCGUCCAGUCUCUGAGAGAGAAGUUGCAGUGUCUGAGCUCCAGCAGCUUCGCCUGAGCCCCGGACAACUACAAGCCAAAUAUAUACAAACACAAAGCAUAGCAACACAAGGGACACUGCUGCUUUACCUUGAAUGCCCUUCAUCUCUUAUCAUCACUUAAAAAUAUACACAAUCAUCACUACGCAAAGAACAAUAGCUAUUUCCUUGGGCGCAGACAUAAUUAUUAUUUUUGAACUCCUGAACUCUCUGUUACAGGGCUUACAAAUGUAAUACACGAGUAUUAUUAACAUUUAAACUGCCACAUCAGUCUGCAUGUGAGCCGCCUUAGCACUUCCAGGUUCAAAUACUCCUCUCAUGUAUUUAUCAAAGAGAUCUUGCCGUGAUGAGAUAGCAAAAGUGGUCCAAUUAAAAAUGGUCUUGGCUGUUUGUAGAGGCAUUCUCUACGGCUGAAUGAAAUCAAUUCCAUCUAUGUUAUAGCGUCAUGUGUAAGCCUUGUAGGGAUCAUUUGAGUUUAAGCAGUUGAUUCUGCAGGGGGGGACUUGUGCCAAUUAACUGUACAGAUUCAGUAGUUCAGAAUAUCUGGUACUGAUUUUAAGACAUAGAAUCUCUUAUGUGCCCAAUGUCCCAGAGUAGAACAAGAAUUAAAAAAUCUGAGUAUCUUCGGUGGACUCCUCGUGUCAGGAGCACCUCUUUGAACUCUUUCUUUUAAUAUGCUGUUAAGAUUGUUUAAACUGCAUUUUUCAGCACUAGUUCAUCUUAACCUCUAAUAUGGAGCAGUCAGUGGCUAGAGUUUUUAUAAAUGUGCUUACACUAUCAAGCCGCUCUUUAACAAGCAACAGUUUAAAUCUGCAAUCUUAAAAGUCUUCUGCACAGGCUGGAUUGUCACUUUUAACAGCUUCUUAUAACGUUAAAUGUACCAAAAAAAGGAUGCAACUGUAUACAAUACAUAUUGGCUUCAACGAGAUCUCAUAGGUUAAGUUAUAACUAGGUUGAAAUAACUGUUUUUCACUCCUACCCGUCACCUUUUGUAGGGUGUCAUCACGCUUUCAAAUCAGGAGAGGAUGCUUCUAUUUUAGGUAAUCUAUCAGCAAUAUUAGGAAGUCACAUUUUAUUUUGAACCUGUGAGUUUAUCCGUCACGUGAUGAUGUAUUAUUGUCAGGGGGAAACCAUCAUGUAGAGUAAGAUGUGCAUCUCAAGAUUGGGUUUUUUUUUUUUUAAAUCAUGCUAAAUUAAAUUUUAAUUAGUUUUAAAGAGGGACCACGGCAGAGAGGAUCGGGGAGAGUUGGUUAAAAGGUUACAGUACUGUAUUUGGUGUAUAUGAUUUAUUUUUUCCAAGUGGAUUGUCAACAGUUUGUUUACGUUAUUGGACACUGGUCUCACUACUGAUACUACAUCCACAUUCACAAAGAGGGUAUGGUUGUUUUCGGUCACUGCAGUAUGGUUCAUAAAACACAAUUGUUUCCCCACUUUUUUUUUGGUGCAUAUUAAGGAUUCACCACAUGUUUCUAAAAAAAACUAAAAUGACUUAAGUUGUCCUAUUUAUUUGAAAGUAUCAAUGUUUUUUUUUUUUUUUUUUUUAGCCAUUAUUGCUUUAACUUAAAGCAACACAAGAGAUGUAAAAUAAAGUAAAACAUAUUUAUUUAAAGAAGGUUUUAUUCCGUUUAAGAGGCAAAGACAAAAUUUGAAUCAAAUACUGUGAAUAUUUUCAAAAGUGGGUUUUUCGAUCACGCACUGCUUAAUGUAAGUUCCAAAUCACUAAAACACGUGAAAGGUUGACACACACACAGAAAAGCACAAUAUCACGGCCUACUGGUGACAUCAGGAAAUCUGCAUCAAACCCAAGUUAGGAAUAUGAAGUAUGUUCUGUUUUCAUUGUACAAUGUGUCCUCUGUUUCACUGGUGGGGAUCGUUCGUCUGCGUUGACGCUGUUUUGCACUUUUCUGUCUUUUUUACGUUUGAUUUGUAAACACUUUGUAAAGAUGUACAUUUUAGGAAAGUUAUUCUUGUAUGCCAUAGGUAUGCUUUAUAAUGCUUUAAUGUUUAAGUUAAGUGUAUUUUUUUUAACUGGCUAGUUGUCAUUGCUCAACAAAACAAUGUAUUGGAGGUAAUAAAAUCCGAUUAAACUCAGA